AUGUCUGCAUCCCUCGCAUUCGUCUUUCCUGGUCAAGGGUCCCUAUCAGUGGGCACGCUCGCCGACCUCGGCGCUGAAAGUCCAGUGAUCCUCGAAACCUUCAAGGAAGCUUCGAAGGCUCUGGGAUACAGUCUGUGGGCGCUGGUCCAGGAAGGUCCGCAAGAACAACUCAAUCAACCAGAAAAGGCGGAGCCGGCGAUCCUGACUGCCUCCAUCGCCCUGUGGCGUCUGUGGUUGGAAAGUGGCGGUCCCUGCCCGGCCUUCGUUUCUGGCCACAGCUUCGGCGAAUAUAGCGCCUUGGUCGCGGCCGGCAGCUUGUCGCUGGAGAGUGGGGUUCGCCUGGUAGAGUCUCGUGCUCGGUUGAUGCAGGCAACCGCAGAACUCAAUAAUGGCGCCAUGGCCACUAUCCUCGGCCUGGACAAUGCCGACGUGGUCGCCAUCUGCGGUGAAGCGGCCGACGACGAAGUGGUCAGCGUGACCUACUUCAAUUCACCAGAUCAGGUGGUCAUCGCCGGCCACAAAGCCGCGGUGAAUCGCGCCACCGAGCUGUGCAAGGCCAAGGGUGCCAAGCGCGUUGUGCCGCUGGCAGGCAAUGUGCCGUCGCACUGCGCCCUAAUGAAACCAGCCGCGGACCGUUUCUCUGCGAUGGUCAAUAGCGUCGAGUGGAUGGCGCCACACAUGCGGGUGGUGCGCAACGUUACCGCCACCGUCGCCGACGACCUCGAUGCGCUCAAGCAGAACCUGCUGGUGGAGCUAUACCAGCCGGUACGCUGGGUCGAUUGUGUACAGACCCUGGCUGGGAAUGGCGUGGUGAAUCUGGUGGAAUGCGGCCCGGGCAGGGCUCUGGCAGCCCUGAACAAACGUUGUGCCGAGGGCGUGACCACCUACAGUAUCAAUUCUCCUGAUCAACUAGCCACAACCCGUGAAGCCCUAAGUUAG